UGAGACAAGUGCGCAAGAACCCAGAUAUCGCCCAUCUCCAACGAUCGUCCGCGGUUUUGUUUUUCUAAGAUGGAGGGAUUCUUUGGUAGUCUGCUGGGUGCUGCGUAAAUAUAGGACAACAUGGACGUCAGGCGUUCCUGGGGCAAUUGGAAGUUUUGUGGGAAAUUGGGCCAGGGUGGAUUUGGAGCGGUGCUCCACUGGCGGCACGAGACUAAUGGCCGGGAGAUAGCUACCAAGCAUAUCCAGGAUGUGGGCCCGCUGAGUGCUGAUCAAAAGAUAAAAAUCAAGGAACGGUGGCACAAGGAAUUAAAGUGGACGCGGGAGUUUCAGGAGCUUUCGAACAUCGUAGCAGGUGUGAUCUUGGAUAUUGAGGAUCCCGGUUUUCUGGACUACCUCAAUGGUUUAGGCUCGAUGCCGGUCAUCGUGCUGGAGUACUGCAACGGAGGCGAUGUAAGAAAGAAACUCAACAAACCGGAGAACAUUAACGGGUUGGUGGAGUUUGAGGUGCGUGAAAUUCUUAGAUCCAUGCGAGUUGCCUUGCAUUUCUUGCACUCGAAAUGUUUGGUGUGCCAUCGUGACUUGAAGCCGGACAACAUCGUUAUUCAAAAAACGGGGAAUGGUAAAAAUGUUUACAAGCUCACUGACUUCGGGCUAGCCAGACCGGCUCCCGACAAGACGAUGCUCCAAAGCGUAGUCGGUACCCGGCAUUAUUUUGCACCGGAGGUGGUGGAGUCAGGAGUGUACAACAUGGCUGUGGACUAUUGGUCUCUGGGCAUCAUAGCUUACGAAUUGGCCACCGGAGAGCUGCCCUUCAUACCCCAUCAGAGCCCAAGAAAUAUACUUGUUAAUCUGAUUAACAAGCCGACUGAUUGUAUUGCCAUUACCGAGGACGUGAUGGAUCCCAAUCGAUUUGUUAAUCAGACGGAGCUCCCUGCACAACAUCAUCUGACGGAACCAUUCGCCGUGGAGCUUACAAAGUGGCUGCGCAUUGCUCUGGACAGGGAUUACAAGCGACGCGGCCAAAUGGCAACUGAUGAAGUACAACAAGCAGUCCCAGUUGUCUUUGCAUCUCUCGACCGACUGCUCCAAAUCAAGGUGCUCACCAUUUUUGCCAUGAACUGUUGUAAGCGUCUAGCGUAUGCGGUUACAGACAACACGACCAUGAGCAGUCUGAUUCAUCUGAUUGAAAGAGAUACUGGAAUUUCUGGGAAUGAGUUGUUUGUGGUGUUGCCCAUUUCCCAUCCAGUGAAGCAAAUUACUCCGCGCACAAGGCCAAUAGAUCUUUACGUACCGGAAUGGUGCGACACGAGCAAGGAAUCACGCAGGCGUAACACUCCACCAGUUAUGCUGUAUGUCGUCAAAAUUAACGAGUCUAGCAACUACAGCGUGCAGGAGCCAAUUGUGUCUCCAUUGAUGAAGAAAUGUAAUUCCAAAAAGGUCGAUUCGAAGGAAGGAUGGUUAUCAAAAAGAUUGGCCAAAGAUUUUCACUACACAAUUAAUCACGAGCAGGAUAUCCUGGAAACAUUUCUGCGAGGUCUCUAUGAGCAUGCGCUCUCUCUGGAAGACGAAAUUAUUUCAAACCCAUGUAACGACAACAUAAAGGAUGAAAUCAAUGUUACGACAUAUGCGUACAAUCAGAUUCAGAAAUUGCGUUCUCACGUUGAGGAAGAAAAAUUAAUCUCACCGCUAAACGAUAGUGCAGAGUGGGACAAGAUUUCAGAGGCGUUCAAGGGCAUUACCGAUAUUGCAGCAUCAAUCGAGGGACACUCUCAAUCUGCUUUACGUCAAGCCCGAAACGAAGUAAAGGAAACCAAGGACCUGCUCAAAGAGUAUAGUGAGAAGGAUGUAUUUAAUGUGUCCAGAUUCAUAAGAAAUCAUAGUCAAAAUGGGAUAAAUUUGAACGAUUUUAGGAAAAAGAUACUUGAGUUUGCUGAAAACAGGUCCAAGUUCUAUGAGCAGGGAUCGCUGCUGUCGUACUCCCAGAAUAUCGAUAAGCUGCAUUUCUAUUUUAAACGAAACCAAAAAACCGUCCCAAUAGUCAAGAAAAAAUUUGAGGAUAUUCAAAGCGAUAUUUUUAAAAUGCAUGUAAAUAUGUUAAGAUCAGCAUCGGAAAAUAGUAGGGGACCGAUGCUUCAACCGACCGAUGCGAUAAACGAACUGUCCAUGAGUUCCCAAGGGCCUACUUCGCUGCCUUAUGACCCAACUACGUCCAUUUUGAUUGACGAGGCAAAUAAAAUAAUGAAGAUGUUGAAUAAUAUGAAAUAAUGAAGAUGAAUGUUUCAGCCCUUAUGUAUUUCAACUAACCAUUUUGCAUACUUGCAGGAUAUGCCAAGAAAUGGAAAUCGACUCAUAAAUGUGUAUCCUUUGUUAAAUCAAAAAGUUGCAAUCAACUCAUCAUAUUUAUUUUCGUUUUUGUUAUCGCUAUUUUAAGAGUUUUUACUUUGGCGCCGCUUACUCCGUAUUUGUAGCCAGAAAAUUUAAAGAGCUCCAAUUGGCACUCAGUUAUGUUUGCGUGUGUUUUGCCAUUAAAAAGGAAAGAUGUUUACCAAAUUUGUUUUAAUUUUUUGUUUAAACCCAUCACAAAAACCCGCACGUUUUAACUCGGAUGGCAAUUCUAAAAUCUUCCGUCGAGAAAGCGAAACUACUCGAUAAAUUUAAUUUGAAUGCAAAUUACGUCUACUGUCCAGAUGGCCAUUAAGUUAAUCAUGUUUUAUAUCCACUUUUUAGCUGUAAUUGAACGCCUCUUUGUGCCUUUUAUGACAAAAUAAACAUUUUCAACCGAGAAACUAA